GCCUCGCUUUCUUCCCAAAGCCCAAAGGAUCGCAACAGGACGUGACCACGAUGUUUAAAUCAAUGCUGGCUUUGAUGAUGCUCAUCGCUGCAGCAGUCGCCUCACCGGCACCCCUCUUGGCAAACAAACAGCCUCCGCCCAAAAUCGGGCCAGACAAUGAUUGCACUUUUCUUCUGCUCGAUCGAUACGAUACCGAUGUCUUCGAAGUCAAAUUUACGUACCACAUCCACUAUCCCGGCAACAAUAUCGAUCUGUUCAACUUCUCCGGCGGAAGCGCGGCGUGGCACCGUUCGAGCGAAUCGCCGGACAAACGCACGGUCGAACAUUGCUACAAGAUCGUCAGGGGCUGGGAUUGGGCCAUCGCCUGCUUCCGCUUCCCUCGUGUAGGUGGCAUACGCCCACAAGGCCGGCAUUAUGCUGAUACGGAGCCGUUGGCAGGGUGCACCUGCUUUCACGAGUUGGUACUUUGAUAGCUUUUGGACGCCUGUGACAAAGGGAGAUGCUGGCCAGCUCGAUACGGUCUUGUGAGU